UUUUGAAAUAUUUAAAUGAUCAAUUCAAAACAGACUAAAGGCUUCUCGCUCAUCGUGGCUGCCGACAUCAAAGGCGGCAUUGCCAAGACCACUCCUUCAUCACAAGACACUGAGGUAGGCAAGAGUGUGGCAGAGUCCAUUCCGUGGCCAAAGCUUAAGACAGACAUGAAGAACUUUGUGAAAGUCACCAGGGACCCUCACUGUUCUUCGAAAGUGAAGCUACCUUGCUUCUUUCAAACUGAAGAAUGCAUGAAAGUCCCUGAGCCUGAGCAGACUGUUGUCAAGAGAAAUGCUGUAGUCAUGGGCAGAACAACCUGGGAGAGCUUGCCUGCUAAACUCAGGCCUCUUAAAGAUCGUAUCAACGUCGUCUUGACAAGAGACAAAGCUGCAUUCCAAGAAACCUACAACCCAGAUAACAAGCUAGAUGACAAUCUUAGAGUUUACGAAGAUAUCGCAGAAAUGUUCACUGAGCUUGAGCAAGACCCCGAAGUCUGAGAAAUCGUAGUCAUUGGAGGAGCUCAAAUAUACAACCUGUGUUUGGAAGCAUAUCCUGAGAACCUCAAGUACAUCGUCUACACCAGAGUGAAUGGAACAUUUGACUGUGAUGUAUUCAUCAACCAGAUUGACGAUGAGUUGUUCAAGCCACUGCACAUUUCAAAGACAUUUAGCAGCUCAGAGACAUCGUAUGAUAUCUGUAUCUACGGAAAUACUCAGUUCUUAUCAUUGAACCCUGGAGCCUUUCCGACUUUGUUGGUGGAGUCUUUACCAAAGCAUCAAGAGAUGCAGUAUUUGGAAGCUAUUCAUGACAUCUUGCAGUCAGGUAACGACAAAGAUGACCGGACUGGAGUUGGAGUCAUCAGCAAGUUUGGAUACCAGAUGAGAUAUGACCUGUCUGAAAGCUUCCCAAUGCUCACAACCAAAGAUGUGUACUGGAGAGGAGUUGUCGAAGAGCUCUUGUGGUUCCUAAAAGGAGACACCAACUCCAAGAACCUCAGCGACAAGAAAGUAAAGAUCUGGGACGGAAAUGGCUCUAGAGAGUUCCUCGAUCAAUGUGGCUUUACUGACAGAGAAGAAGGUGACCUCGGGCCUGUUUACGGUUUCCAGUGGAGACACUUCGGAGCUCAGUACGAAGAUAUGCACACUAACUAUGAAGGCAAAGGAGUCGACCAAAUACAACAAAUAAUUACAGACUUAAAAGAGAACCCAACUAGUAGAAGAAUUCUUCUGAACGCAUGGAAUGUAGCAGACCUCAAGAAAAUGGCUUUACCGCCAUGUCACAUUCUCUGCCAAUUCUAUGUGGACACUGAGAACAGACUUUCUUGUCAGAUGUAUCAGAGAAGCUGAGAUAUCGGCCUUGGAGUUCCGUUCAACAUUGCUAGCUACAGUUUGCUGACAUGCAUAUUGGCUCAGCUAUGCGGGCUUGAAAGAGGAGAGUUCAUCCAUACUCUUGGAGAUGCACAUGUAUACAAGAAUCAUAUCGAGCCUCUAAAGAAGCAGUUGAAGAGGUAUCCAAAACCAUUCCCUCAGUUAAAGAUUAACAAGGAUAUUACAGAUAUCGAAGAAUUUACUUUCUCAGAUUUCACUCUUGAAAAUUACAGUCACCAUAAAAAGAUCAAGAUGCCUUUGGCUGUAUAA